GUAGCUUUAAGUGCUAAACUGAGUUUUCUUUACAUUUUGCUCCGUUCGAUCAAGCCAUCGCUCCAAGAGAGAGAAAGCUGAGUCCGUAUCGAUGCUUCUGGAUUUGAUUCAUCUUCACCAUCAUCAAGGUUUGAGCGCUCAAUGAAAAAAUCAAACCUGUCUCUGUUGGGCUAAUGUUUUUAAAAAACUCAUCUGCACAGUGUAUUUCAAGAAACAUUAGCUGGCAGUGAUUAUGGAUGGGGAGGCUCAACGGGCAGUGUCUUUUCGGUCAAACCGUAGAGGAGAGCGGAAUAACCAAAGCCCAUAUUCCAAAGACUCAGAAGGGGAUUUAUUUUCUCCAGGGAGGUUGCCCCAAGAUUAUCCCAUGAAGAUUGUUUGGAAGAAGGGAUUUAUUCGAUUGGUUCUUGUAGUGGGCAUCUUGUGGAUGAUGCUAAUUCUAAUUGCAUUGUUGUUUCAUGUAUGGUCUUGCCAAUCUUCAGUUUCUUUCUUUUCAGCUAUAUGUAACAAAGAUAGCAAAGUGUACACAGUGUUAGACACAAUGGGGCUCGUAUCAAAACCUCACCGCUGUCCAAUUCCCCUUGCCAACGACCCUGAUAAAGUAGUUAUUCCAGAGGGAAGGACUCAUGAUAGAUUUGUCAAAGAUUUAUUCUUUGUCAUGGAAGAUGACCAAUGGAAUAAUAGAUCUCAGACAGCUCCACUGUUUGGAGGACAAGAAAGUUGGUCACAGAGAGAGAAGAGUUUUAAACUAAAUUCAACCAUGAAGGUGCACUGUGGAUUUAUUCGAAAUAGUGGUGCUGAAAUGGCUCCUUCAGACAUCAAAUAUGUCAAGAAGUGUCGGUUUGUGGUUGCAUCUGGAAUUUUUGAUGGAUACGAUGUACCUCAUCAGCCUUCAAAUAUAAGCCUUCGCUCUAAGAAGCUCUUCUGUUUUCUCAUGGUGUUGGAUGAGAUUUCCCUCAAAUUCAUAAAGGAAAAUGUUACUAUCAGAGAUGAUGGUAAUGGGGGGAAGUGGGUGGGUAUCUGGCGUCUUGUCUUACUGAAGCAUCCACCUUAUGAUGAGCCCAGAAGGAAUGGAAAAAUUCCUAAGAUUUUACUCCACAGAUUGUUCCCUCAAGCUCAGUACAGCAUUUGGAUUGAUGGUAAAAUGGAACUGAUUGUUGAUCCAUUGCUAAUGCUAGAAAGAUAUUUAUGGCGUGGAAAGCAUACUUUCGCUAUUGCUCAGCACAAGCAUCACCGUAGUAUUUAUGAGGAAGCUGAUGCAAACAAGCGGAGAAAGCGAUAUGCCCGACCUCUUAUUGAUCUCCACAUGAAAAUUUACCGUUAUGAAGGGAUGCCGUCAUGGAGUCCUGGGGGAAAAACCAUUAGUGAUGUGCCAGAAGGAGCCGUUAUCAUACGAGAACAUACACCAAUGAGUAACUUGUUUAGUUGCUUGUGGUUCAAUGAGGUUGACCUCUUCACACCCAGAGAUCAAUUGAGCUUUGGCUAUGUUGUAUACAGGUUACGGGAUUUCUUCAAGUUCUUUAUGUUUCCAAAUUGCGAGUACAACUCACUGUUUGUGCUGCACCCACACACGAGGGAGCAUUCUUCUGCGGUUGAAUGGGUAAAGAACCUCACUGAGCUUAGUGGGAAAGGUAGUGGAAUGAAAGAGAGUAGGGGUGGAUUAGGCUUAUGGACUCCUUAUCCUGGGAAACUUGAUUCAGUUGUCCUACCACCUGUAGCAAGAACAUCAAAAGCAGGCUGAAACUCAAUUAAUUUACUUUUUGGUCAUUUCUUAGUAGCUUCUUUGAUAAUUUGUUCACGAUUUAAUUCAUUAUUCUCAUCACUGCUUCACUAAAAAAGAACACUGAGGCAUUUAAAUUUGUUGAGUUGAUUAUUUUUGUGGGAGCCUUUAGGAAGUUAACCAAAUUGGCAACCUCUUGAGGCCAAAGAAGUUGCCAAUCAACUUGUCACAGAAGUUAAAACAGUUUGUCACUACAUUGUAUGUGUAAUGAACGUAAAUGUUGUAACAUAUACAAAUCGCAAGGUUAGUUGUAAGAAAUGGCAAGAAUGGAUCAAGAGAGGGUUGUUAGAGGGUGUUGUGUAAAAAUUCAAUAAAGCAAUCUGGUAUAACUUUCUCCA